AUGAUGACUGUAAACUGGAUGUUAAAUUCCAGCCCCAACUCCAGCCCCAGUCUCCCCCUGAGCCAGGUGGGCUGGACUGGGUUGAGCCGGACUGGGCUGACGGUGGUAGCUGUGUGCCUGGGUAUCAUCAUGGUCUUGGGGUUUCUCAACAACCUGCUGGUGUUGGUGCUGUUCUGUAAGUACAAGGUGCUCAGGAGCCCGAUGAACAUGCUGCUGCUGAACAUCAGUGUCAGUGACAUGCUCGUGUGCAUCUGCGGGACUCCCUUCAGCUUCGCUGCCAGCGUGCAGGGGCGAUGGCUGGUUGGCGAGCAAGGCUGCAAGUGGUACGGGUUUGCAAACUCCCUGUUUGGUAUUGUGUCUCUCUUGUCUCUUUGCUUUGUUUCUUAUGACCGGAGCUACAUGAUAACUCGCAUUCGCACCACCCAUAAUUUCAAAAGACCAAUAUUGGCAAUUGGUGUCUCCUGGCUGUAUUCACUUCUAUGGACAGUCCCACCUCUCUUUGGCUGGAGUGCUUAUGGUCCUGAGGGGCAAGGAAUCAGUUGCUCAGUUAAUUGGAAAACCCAUACCAUGAAUGGAAUGUCCUACAUCAUUUGUCUCUUCAUCUUCUGCCUGGCCCUUCCUAUCCUUUUCAUAGUCUGCUCCUAUGCACGGAUUUUAUACACCAUAAAACAGGUUGGUCAGAACAAAAAGACUGCAGCUUGUCGGCGAAAAUACCACGUCUUCUUCAUGGUGCUAAUCACAAUUGUUUGCUUCUUACUUUGUUGGAUGCCUUAUGGAAUUAUGGCACUGCUUGCAACCUUUGGUGAUUCAGACUUGAUUACCUCUACAGUCAGUAUUGUGCCAGUUGUCUUGGCUAAGACCAGCACUGUGUACAACCCCAUCAUAUAUGUACUGAUGAACAAACAGACAUUUCAAUGUUAUAAGGCUCUGUAUCAAAUGUGA